GUGACAGAACAUCAGAACAUCAGAGACAUGGAACGUAUAGAUCCAAAGGAGUUCAUCUGUGGAGGCAUUGGAGAGUCCCAGCCUGCGGACCCAGAGGUGCAGGCCAUCUGUGACUCUGUGAAGAGUCAUGUGGAGGAGAAGACAGGUCAGAAAUAUGACAUUUUUGAGGCAAAAACCUACAAGAAACAAACCGUAGCUGGAUAUAACUACUUUGUCAAGGUCCACAUUGUAGGGAACAAACACCUGGACCUCCAUGUGUUUGUAGGACUGCCUCACACCAACAGUGGGCCAGUCCUCCGCAGAGUUCAGGAGUCCACAGACGACUGGAUGUCUGACUUGGAGCAGAAGACCACAGACAUGGAACCUAUAGAUCCAAAGAAGUUCAUGGUUGGAGGCAUUGGAGAGUCCCAACCUGCGGACCCAGAGGUGCAGGCCAUCUGUAACUCUGUGAAGAGUCAUGUGGAGGAGCAGAGAGGAGAGACAUAUGAGAUUUUCGAAGCCAUAUCCUACAAGACACAAACUGUAGCUGGGUUAAACUACUUUGUCAAGGUCCACAUUGGAGGGAACAAACAUCUGGACCUCGUAGUGUUUGUGGGACUGCCUCACACCAACAGUGGGCCAGUCCUCCGCAGUGUUCAGGAGUCCACAGACAAAGUCACAGAACGUGAGCUUUUACAUCCAGAGGGCUUCCUGUGUGUAUUCACCAGACAGCCGGAGGUCAGGUGCCCAGAGAAGCCGGUCAUCUAUGAGAUUCAGGAAAUCAAAGAACGGGAACCUAUAGAUCCAAAGAGGUUCAUGCUUGGAGGCAUUGGAGAGUCCCAACCUGCAGACCCAGAGGUGCAGGCCAUCUGUAACUCUGUGAAGAGUCAUGUGGAGGAGAAGACAGGUCAGAAAUAUGACAUUUUUGAGGCAAAAACCUACAAGAAACAAACCGUAGCUGGAUAUAACUACUUUGUCAAGGUCCACAUUGGAGGGAACAAACAUCUGGACCUCCAUGUGUUUGUAGGACUGCCUCACACCAACAGUGGGCCAGUCCUCCGCAGAGUUCAGGAGUCCACAGACGACUGGAUGUCUGACUUGGAGCAGAAGACCACAGACAUGGAACCUAUAGAUCCAAAGAAGUUCAUGGUUGGAGGCAUUGGAGAGUCCCAACCUGCGGACCCAGAGGUGCAGGCCAUCUGUAACUCUGUGAAGAGUCAUGUGGAGGAGCAGAGAGGAGAGACAUAUGAGAUUUUCGAAGCCAUAUCCUACAAGACACAAACUGUAGCUGGGUUAAACUACUUUGUCAAGGUCCACAUUGGAGGGAACAAACAUCUGGACCUCGUAGUGUUUGUGGGACUGCCUCACACCAACAGUGGGCCAGUCCUCCGCAGAGUUCAGGAGUCCACAGACGACUGCAUGUCUGACUUGGAGCAGAAGACCACAGACAUGGAACCUAUAGAUCCAAAGAGGUUCAUGCUUGGAGGCAUUGGAGAGUCCCAACCUGCAGACCCAGAGGUGCAGGCCAUCUGUAACUCUGUGAAGAGUCAUGUGGAGGAGAAGACAGGUCAGAAAUAUGACAUUUUUGAGGCAAAAACCUACAAGAAACAAACCGUAGCUGGAUAUAACUACUUUGUCAAGGUCCACAUUGGAGGGAACAAACACCUGGACCUCCAUGUGUUUGUAGGACUGCCUCACACCAACAGUGGGCCAGUCCUCCGCAGAGUUCAGGAGUCCACAGACGACUGGAUGUCUGACUUGGAGCAGAAGACCACAGACAUGGAACCUAUAGAUCCAAAGAAGUUCAUGGUUGGAGGCAUUGGAGAGUCCCAACCUGCGGACCCAGAGGUGCAGGCCAUCUGUAACUCUGUGAAGAGUCAUGUGGAGGAGCAGAGAGGAGAGACAUAUGAGAUUUUCGAAGCCAUAUCCUACAAGACACAAACUGUAGCUGGGUUAAACUACUUUGUCAAGGUCCACAUUGGAGGGAACAAACAUCUGGACCUCGUAGUGUUUGUGGGACUGCCUCACACCAACAGUGGGCCAGUCCUCCGCAGUGUUCAGGAGUCCACAGACAAAGUCACAGAACGUGAGCUUUUACAUCCAGAGGGCUUCCUGUGUGUAUUCACCAGACAGCCGGAGGUCAGGUGCCCAGAGAAGCCGGUCAUCUAUGAGAUUCAGGAAAUCAAAGAACGGGAACCUAUAGAUCCAAAGGAGUUCAUCUGUGGAGGCAUUGGAGAGUCCCAACCUGCAGACCCAGAGGUGCAGGCCAUCUGUAACUCUGUGAAGAGUCAUGUGGAGGAGAAGACAGGUCAGAAAUAUGACAUUUUUGAGGCAAAAACCUACAAGAAACAAACCGUAGCUGGAUAUAACUACUUUGUCAAGGUCCACAUUGGAGGGAACAAACAUCUGGACCUCCAUGUGUUUGUAGGACUGCCUCACACCAACAGUGGGCCAGUCCUCCGCAGAGUUCAGGAGUCCACAGACGACUGGAUGUCUGACUUGGAGCAGAAGACCACAGACAUGGAACCUAUAGAUCCAAAGAAGUUCAUGGUUGGAGGCAUUGGAGAGUCCCAACCUGCGGACCCAGAGGUGCAGGCCAUCUGUAACUCUGUGAAGAGUCAUGUGGAGGAGCAGAGAGGAGAGACAUAUGAGAUUUUCGAAGCCAUAUCCUACAAGACACAAACUGUAGCUGGGUUAAACUACUUUGUCAAGGUCCACAUUGGAGGGAACAAACAUCUGGACCUCGUAGUGUUUGUGGGACUGCCUCACACCAACAGUGGGCCAGUCCUCCGCAGAGUUCAGGAGUCCACAGACGACUGCAUGUCUGACUUGGAGCAGAAGACCACAGACAUGGAACCUAUAGAUCCAAAGAGGUUCAUGCUUGGAGGCAUUGGAGAGUCCCAACCUGCAGACCCAGAGGUGCAGGCCAUCUGUAACUCUGUGAAGAGUCAUGUGGAGGAGAAGACAGGUCAGAAAUAUGACAUUUUUGAGGCAAAAACCUACAAGAAACAAACCGUAGCUGGAUAUAACUACUUUGUCAAGGUCCACAUUGGAGGGAACAAACAUCUGGACCUCCAUGUGUUUGUAGGACUGCCUCACACCAACAGUGGGCCAGUCCUCCGCAGAGUUCAGGAGUCCACAGACGACUGGAUGUCUGACUUGGAGCAGAAGACCACAGACAUGGAACCUAUAGAUCCAAAGAAGUUCAUGGUUGGAGGCAUUGGAGAGUCCCAACCUGCGGACCCAGAGGUGCAGGCCAUCUGUAACUCUGUGAAGAGUCAUGUGGAGGAGCAGAGAGGAGAGACAUAUGAGAUUUUCGAAGCCAUAUCCUACAAGACACAAACUGUAGCUGGGUUAAACUACUUUGUCAAGGUCCACAUUGGAGGGAACAAACAUCUGGACCUCGUAGUGUUUGUGGGACUGCCUCACACCAACAGUGGGCCAGUCCUCCGCAGAGUUCAGGAGUCCACAGACGACUGCAUGUCUGACUUGGAGCAGAAGACCACAGACAUGGAACCUAUAGAUCCAAAGAGGUUCAUGCUUGGAGGCAUUGGAGAGUCCCAACCUGCAGACCCAGAGGUGCAGGCCAUCUGUAACUCUGUGAAGAGUCAUGUGGAGGAGAAGACAGGUCAGAAAUAUGACAUUUUUGAGGCAAAAACCUACAAGAAACAAACCGUAGCUGGAUAUAACUACUUUGUCAAGGUCCACAUUGGAGGGAACAAACAUCUGGACCUCCAUGUGUUUGUAGGACUGCCUCACACCAACAGUGGGCCAGUCCUCCGCAGAGUUCAGGAGUCCACAGACGACUGGAUGUCUGACUUGGAGCAGAAGACCACAGACAUGGAACCUAUAGAUCCAAAGAAGUUCAUGGUUGGAGGCAUUGGAGAGUCCCAACCUGCGGACCCAGAGGUGCAGGCCAUCUGUAACUCUGUGAAGAGUCAUGUGGAGGAGCAGAGAGGAGAGACAUAUGAGAUUUUCGAAGCCAUAUCCUACAAGACACAAACUGUAGCUGGGUUAAACUACUUUGUCAAGGUCCACAUUGGAGGGAACAAACAUCUGGACCUCGUAGUGUUUGUGGGACUGCCUCACACCAACAGUGGGCCAGUCCUCCGCAGAGUUCAGGAGUCCACAGACGACUGCAUGUCUGACUUGGAGCAGAAGACCACAGACAUGGAACCUAUAGAUCCAAAGAGGUUCAUGCUUGGAGGCAUUGGAGAGUCCCAACCUGCAGACCCAGAGGUGCAGGCCAUCUGUAACUCUGUCCACAUUGGAGGGAACAAACAUCUGGACCUCCAUGUGUUUGUAGGACUGCCUCACACCAACAGUGGGCCAGUCCUCCGCAGAGUUCAGGAGUCCACAGACGACUGGAUGUCUGACUUGGAGCAGAAGACCACAGACAUGGAACCUAUAGAUCCAAAGAAGUUCAUGGUUGGAGGCAUUGGAGAGUCCCAACCUGCGGACCCAGAGGUGCAGGCCAUCUGUAACUCUGUGAAGAGUCAUGUGGAGGAGCAGAGAGGAGAGACAUAUGAGAUUUUCGAAGCCAUAUCCUACAAGACACAAACUGUAGCUGGGUUAAACUACUUUGUCAAGGUCCACAUUGGAGGGAACAAACAUCUGGACCUCGUAGUGUUUGUGGGACUGCCUCACACCAACAGUGGGCCAGUCCUCCGCAGUGUUCAGGAGUUUAGAGAAUAAAGACCCAAAAGAGCCAAGAACAUCCCCUCAAGUCCAGCAGCUUUAUUCUAUAUAAAAUGUAAUCUGAAGCCAACAAAAUAAAAAACAUCUGUUUUGUAUAAGCAGCAUUAAAAGACCUGGUGCCCACAUCACGACUGUGAUUUUGUUUACUUUUUUAUCUUUGCUCUUUGAUAUAAAUGAUUUCUUCAUCCACACUCUGACAAGAUCAGGUUUAAAUUCUUUUUUUUCUUUUUUUUAUUAAAAUUCUGUGCGUUCACUAUAUGGUUAAACUCCACUGUAUCUUUACACUCUGAGCUUCAGAAUAUAGUUACUAAAAGUCAAUAGGUAAGUUACUUCCAAAGCCUCUGCCUUCUCUAAAAGGGGUGGGACUGAAUUACACACAUAUUAUAUUUAAAUAAAAGUGCCAUAUGAAAUAUUUAUAAUGAUUUUUGUGUUUGUUCUAAUUAAGCCUUAUUCCUGAGGUUCAUUUCAUUUUUAAACAUUUACCCAUUGUUCUGUAAGAGAUAAUGUAGCCCGAUUCUAUAAUGUGGUGUGUUCAGAUCAGGACAAACUCAUGAUACUUCCAAGAAGUGCCUCAGGUUCACUUUUACAGAACACAGUCUUGCAAACAGGCUCGCAUUAUUUUGAGUAAGACUAUGAAGCAUUACCAGUCAUUUCUAUUGUUCGAAUUAGGCAAAGGCCAUUUGGAAGAAGCUAUUGUAUAAAAAAUUACUAUAAACCAACUUAAAGGGGACCAAAUGUAAAACUGAAACACUUUUAACCAUGUUCCUUCAUCAUUUUCUCCUUCCUUUAUUAAAUAUACCAAAAAAAUAUAGAGAAUUAACACAUAACAAUUAUAAAAAUGUUAAAUUAAAAUGCCAUGGUCAUAUGACCAUUUGUUUUGACUCGCUCUCGAGCACCCCCUACCCCCACCCUCAGAAUAAACAGGGUUGGUGCGAUGACACUGUCCUGAGGUAAACCAGAUUGCAUGUUCCCUCAGAUCCCAAAAGACGGAGGCUUGUACAAGACGGCCUCAUAAGGCCAAAAAUGCUGCUAAACAAGUUUCCUUAUUUUCUGCAGUUUUUAACUAAGUGAUGAUCGUCCCACAUCAGCCGAUCUAAGGUAGGUCAUUUACUCUGCUCUCGACGACUUUUCCAAUGCAAGAGCUGAGUGAUAUCGACCUGUAGCUAGACGGGCGAUUUCGAUUUAAUGUGUCCUACCACAACUAUGCAAAUGACACUGACUAGAACCAGGAAGUACAAGCACAUGCGUCCUGUGCUCAGGUCUCUGCUCUGGCUCCUGUAGCUCAAAGAAUAGACUUUAAAGCAGCUCUGCUUGUGAACAAAUCUCUCCAUGGCCUAGCACCAAAGAACAUUUCUGACAUGUUAGUGCCACAUGAACCAUCUCACACUCUGAGGAUUUCAGGGACUGGCCUCCUGCUGGUGCCCAGAGUCAGGACUAAACAUGGGGCAUCAGCAUUUCAGUUUUAUGCAACUAAAACCUUCCUGAAGAUGUGAGACAGGCCUCUACUUUGACAAUGUUUAAAUCCAGGCUCAAAACAGUUCUGUUUAGCUGUGCAUACGACUGAAAGGUUUUUAUUCUGCAGUCUUCUCUUUAAUGUUAAUUUUAUGAUGAUUAUUUGUGAUUAUUUAUGUUUUGAUUUGUGUGAUUUUAUUGUCCUUCUUAUUCUGUAAAGCACUUUGAAUUACUUUGUGUAUGAAUUGUGCUAUACAAAUAAACUUGCAUUGCCUUGCC